AUGGGCAACGCUCUUGUUUCUCAUAGGACUUUACCGAAAGAAGAUCUCAACUUCCUCAUGAACAACACUAACUUCACCAAGAAGCAGAUCAAGGAGUGGUACCAGGGGUUCAUCCGGGACUGUCCUUCUGGUCAGCUCAGCAAGAAGAAGUUUAUUGAAGUCUACUCCAGCUUCUUUCCCACUGGUGACGCUGAUCAGUUCUGCACGCACGUCUUCCGCACCUUCGACAAGGACAAUUCCGGGAAAAUUGACUUCAAUGAAUUCCUCCUGGCAAUUAAUAUUACCUCCGGGGGUCAGCCUAAGGAGAAGCUUGAGUGGGCCUUCCAGAUGUACGACAUCGACGGAAACGGCACCAUUGAGAAAAAAGAAAUGACCGAAAUUAUAAAGGCCAUUUACAGCAUGCUUGGUGCAAACGAAGCUACCGUUGACCUAACUCCCGAGGCGCGAACCGAAGAAAUAUUCGACAAGAUGGACUCGAAUCACGACGGUGUGCUGACUCGAAAGGAAUUCAUGGACGGCUGCAUGGCAGACCAGCAGUUGUACUCGAUGCUACUGGCUGACGAAUCCAACUCAGUUAGUUAA